AAUUGGGAUCUUGCAUAGAAAAAUUGCAUCGAAUAGUGCAUAACACAAAACUUUAAAAAAAUGAAAAUUGAAAAUGUUUUAAGCAUGCAAAGGUGUUGAAAUACGGGCAUCUUGCACACAUUAAUUACAUAUUCAAGAUGUUCAACCAACCACCAAAACAAAAGCAAAGAUGGAAGCCUCAUGUGGGUAUUUGAAUAGUUUUGUUCAUAGAUAGCACACCUUUGUUGAAUCUUUAUCUUUAUCCAUUUUAGUUCCCUCUCUUUCAAGGUUUCUUGUUCUUCCCAAAUCUUGAAACUUUGCCACUUUGAACUUGGUGUUCCCAAAUCUUUAUGUGGAGAUCAAUAAAGUUUCUGAACUUUGAUGAAAUACCAACCACCCCCCCCCCCCCCCAUCUUUAGGUUGUGUUCUGUCUCUUUCUUAACCAUGGAGAUUGCUGAUAUGGGUAUCUUGAUACCAACAUAGAUAACAGUUCUUUGAAAACCAGAUUUCCAAAACUAUAUGCAGUGCAUGUACAAAGCUUUUAAGAACAAGAUGAAGUGUUUUUAUUAUUUCAAAGAUAAAACCAGAAGCAGAGGUCAAAGAUCAGAGCCAAUACUAAAAGACGAAAGCAAUUCGAAAGUAUCAGAGGAUGCUUCAAGUAAAGAUCGAGUGACCAAGUCAUCUGGAUCAGCUAAUUCGCCGCGUGGCAUCGUAGAAUUGUACGAGGAGAAGGCUGGGAAAUUGAGGGUUUUUACGUAUGUGGAACUUAGACAAGCGACUAAUGAUUUUACGAGGUUGAGAAAGAUUGGAGAAGGUGGUUUUGGAUGUGUUUAUAAAGGUUCUAUUAAGCCUGUUGAUGGCAAUGGUGAUCCCAUUGCAGUUGCUGUUAAGAAACUAAACAGAGAUGGUUUUCAGGGUCACAAACAGUGGGUCGCUGAAGUACAAUUUCUGGGUGUAGUUGACCACCCAAAUUUGGUCAAACUAAUCGGAUACUGCGCAAUAGACGGCGAACGAGGGAUCCAACGGCUGUUAGUUUACGAGUUCAUGCCAAAUAAAAGCUUAGAAGAUCAUCUCUUCAGGAACUCUCAUACAGCUCUUCCAUGGCAAAGAAGACUGCAAAUCAUGCUUGGUGCAGCACAAGGACUCGCGUAUCUGCAUGAGGAAUUAGAAGCUCAGGUCAUAUUUCGAGAUUUUAAGACAUCAAAUAUUCUUUUGGAUGAAGAUUUUAACCCAAAACUCUCGGAUUUCGGGCUUGCUAGAGAGGGGCCCACAGAGGGUAACACGCAUGUCUCAACUGCGGUUAUGGGUACACAUGGUUAUGCGGCUCCAGAUUACAUCGAGACAGGUCAUCUAACAGCAAAAAGCGACGUGUGGAGUUUUGGUAUUGUUUUAUACGAGAUCCUAACGGGUCGAAAGUCAUUAGAAAGAAACCGACCUAAAGAAGACCAAAGAUUACUAGAUUGGGUAAGACGGUAUCCAAUAGACAGUAAAAAGUUCGGGCUUAUCAUGGACCCGAGACUAGAAGGCCGAUACUCACUCACUGCUGCAAGGAAGAUUGCCAAGCUGGCAGACAGUUGUUUGCUAAAGAACGCAAAAGACCGACCUAAAAUGAGUCAAGUUGUGGAGUCCCUGAGGCAAAUUUUAGAAGAAUCAACACAAGGAAGCCCAUUGAGUAAGAGUUUUGAAAGAGAUGAAGACGAAUCAGAGGAGUUGACCAUAAAGUCAAAGUCAAAGUCAAAGGAAGUAUCGGAGUCGUCAAAGAGGAGGUUGGCUCAGUUAGCUAAGCUAAGUGAACAUGUAGGGGGAGUUAGUAAGAAAGGGUUCAUGAUAAUGCAUAGAGCUAAAGUGUCUUAAAAGACGUUAUCCAUUUGAUAAAAAACAAUAAUAAUAAUAAUAACAGGAUGUGGAGAAGAUCGAUGGCAGUAGGAGGGAAAACGGAUCAAAUAUCGAUUAUAGCCCCAAAUUUUGUAUAAUCAAAUAUCUAUUUACACUCUAAAUAGUGUCAGGAUGACGAAAUAUAUGAGAUGUAGAUUUCAUGAUUCAAUUACAUGUUUAGAUCGCAAGUAUGGAAAAUGUGUAUUAGCUAGUAAUUGGAGUGAAUAAAAUUAUAAGACCUGGAUUGUUCAUUGA